GUACGACCGUUGCUCAGCGCUAGAACCUGAUAAUGGUCCCUAGUCAGUAGUUCUCUCAGGUAAAGAGAGUGAAAGCGCGGGAGAACGAAACAGGGAAAAGAACUCGAAAAUGGCGAUGCCUGGAUAUCCAAGGGCUUUUGCAACACUAGGUUCUUGUUAUCCACGGCAUUCUCCGAUCUCCCUUCAUCCUCUUAAGGUUGACCUCUCUGGUUUUGUUCAUAGAAGAUCUGGAAAUAAAGGAAUCAAGCCAAAAUGGCGCACCAUGGCACAUGAAAAUGAUAGCAUACAUAGUAUCUCCCAGCAAGAUGUUGAGAGCUCAGCAGAUUAUGAACGAUCACCAAGAUCCUUAAGCCAAGAAAGCUUUAUCCUCAGUUCCAUGAAGAUGAACUUCUUGGAACGAUUAAUAUUGGCUUGGAGGAUAAUUUUUCCAUCAUCAACAUCUAAAUCGAACUCUAAUGCUAUGAUUGCCAAGCAGCGGUUAAAGAUGAUUCUGUUGUCCGAUCGAUGUGCAGUUAAUGAUGAAACUAAACAAAAAAUUGUGGACAGCAUGUUGAGUUCUCUUUCGGAUUUUGUAGAAAUAGAUUCAGAAGAUAAAGUUCAAUUUAAUGUCUCUACUGAUUCAGAUCUCAGAACGAUUUACUCUGUAACGGUGCCCGUGCGAAGGGUGAAGGCUGAUUAUCAAGGCAGUGAGGAAGUUGGAGCAACCAUAAAUACAGAAUUGAAGGAUGAUGGAGAGAGAUCUGGCUCUGCAGGUCCCAUUUUCGACUCAUUAAUUGCAGAAGGAAAAGAGUAUUUGCUGUUCUUCGGACCAUAGCUAUUUCAUUUUCAACAGGAUUUAAAUUAAGGUACGCUGAUUUUCAACUCAUUAGUGUCGGAUGAAAGUGUCCCACAUCCGUUAAUUUAGGGAAUAGUCAUGGGUUUAUAAUCAAAGAAUACACUCUCCAUGGUGUGAGGCAUUUUAGGAAGGCCAAAGCAAAGCUCAUACCAUUGUGGAGAGUCGAUUCCUAAGGUAUCAGAGUCAUCCUUUACCAUUAAAUUACAAAAGAUUAAUCUCAUGUCCAAAACUUAAAUCUGGACAAUUUAAGUUGAUAUCCAUUUUUAUUUUUAAAAG